AUGGCUGGGCAAUCUAACCAUGAGCUUUCACUGUUUUCAGCAGAGGAACUUGAGUUCAUUGCUGAGGAUGAGAUCGUUGACAUUGUACCGAAUCUCAAAAUGGGACCUCUCAAUUUCAUUUCUGGGGAUUUUGGCCCAUUUACGCCACAGAUUGUUACUCAAGUACCGCUGUGGUUGGCCAUUGCUCUCAAGAAGAGAGGCAAGUGCUCCAUUCGCCCUCCCCUGUGGAUGUCCGUCGAGAAGUUGAGUCAAGUUCUGGAGGCAGAGCGAGACUCUCAAGAGAUGUCAGAUCAAUUGCCAUUUCAUUAUGUGGAAAUCUCAAGACUUCUUUUUGAUCAUGCUCGUGACAACAUUCCUGAUGUAUAUAUGGUGAGGUCUCUUAUUGAAGACAUCAGAAAUGUAAGGUUUCAUAAAGUUGAAACUGACUUGGAAGCAUUUAAUGGUCGUACAAUUGCUGUUAAGAUAAAAAAUUUAUCUGCGAUGGAAGUGAAUAUUGUUCGUCCAUUUAUUGGAAGAGCUUUACAAGCAUUUUAUAAGCAUGAUAGUCCAGAGUUGAUACCAGACCCAGAGAGAGUUUCUGACAGGCGGCCCCAAGUUGUCAACAACGCCCCAAGAAGACAACUACGAAGAUAG